AUGAUGUUGGAGGGGCCUGAGAGAGACUCUAUCACCCCGGGGUAUUGCAAGGGAUAUUCGCAGGAUGUGGACGUCAUCCGGGCACGCGAGUACCCGUUGCUCAACGAUAUCACCUACCUCGACCAUGCCGGUACCACCCCCUACGCCAAAUCCCUGGUCGAGAAAUUCGCCCAGGAGCUGACGACAAACCUGUUUGGAAACCCACACUCGAUGUCUGCGUCAUCACAGCUAUCUACUCGUCGUAUCGAUGAUGUGCGUCUGCGCACCCUACGUUUCUUCAACGCCAGUCCGGACGAGUUCGACCUGGUCUUUGUGGCGAAUACCACCGCCGCCGUCAAGCUGGUGGCAGAGACGUUACGGGAUGUGGAUGAAUCUUCAGGUUUCUGGUAUGGAUACCAUGUAGACAGCCAUACCAGCCUGGUGGGUCUUCGUGAACUUGCCAAAGCAGGGAGUCGGUGCUUUCUCACCGACGGAGAGGUCGACGCAUGGACGGCGGGUUCGGGAUCCGGCGAUCAUCACACAAGACUGUUCUCGUACCCGGCGCAGUCGAAUAUGAACGGAAGGCGAUUACCUCUUCGAUGGUGUGAGGCGCUGCGGAGAUCAAAUGUAUUGACCCUGCUCGACGUGGCUUCGCUGGUGUCUACGUCGCCCCUAGAUCUAAGUAACGCAUCCGCCGCGCCCGAUUUCACGGCCCUCAGCUUCUACAAGAUAUUUGGGUUCCCGGAUCUGGGAGCAUUGAUUGUCCGCAAGAGUACUACAGCACAUUUGUUUCAGCGACGGAGGUAUUUUGGCGGAGGAACGGUUGAUAUGGUGCUCACGGCAGGAUCGCAGUGGCAUGCGAAGAAGGACUCUUCGAUCCAUGACCUCCUCGAAGACGGGACAUUACCAUUCCACAACAUCAUUGCUCUUGAUUUCGCCAUGGAAACCCAUCAACGCUUGUACGGAUCGAUGUCCAAUGUCUCGGCUCACACGCGCUUUCUGGCAAUGUGGUUGCACGAUCGUCUCUCGGACCUGACCCAUGCCAAUGGCGUCAAGGCUUGUGAAAUCUAUAAGUCAGUAGACUCGGAUUUUAUGGAUACAACUACCCAGGGCGCCAUCAUCGCGUUUAAUCUGCGUUCUAGUCGCAACCGAUGGGUGGGAAAGUCAGACGUCGAGAAACUGGCGGCUGUCCGGAACAUUCAAAUUCGAUCAGGCUCGCUCUGUAACCCGGGAGGAACGGCGCUGAGUCUUGGCUGGUCUUCAUCUGAGCUGCGACGAAACUACUCCCUCGGUCUGCGCUGCGGGGACGAACACGACGUGAUGGGAGGGCGGCCAACGGGGGCGCUUCGAGUCAGCCUGGGCGCCAUGUCAAACAUGAAAGACGUUGAUACUUUGGUAGGCUUUAUUGAGGAGUUUUACGUGGACAGUUCAACAAGGCCCAUUAUUCCUAUCACACCGUUGUUGAACAGAGGAGACUCAACGGAUCGGUCACGAUUCUACGUGGAGAGCCUAUGUGUGUAUCCCAUCAAGAGCUGUGGCGCGUUCAGGGUCCCCGACGGCAUGCGCUGGGAGAUCAAAAGGGAAGGGCUCGCAUGUGACCGAGAAUGGUGUCUCAUCCACCAGGGAACUGGAAUGGUUCUCAGCCAGAAAAAAUACCCACGCAUGGCUCUCAUCCAUCCUUUCCUAGACCUCGACCGUGGAGUGCUCCGGAUCACCACAUGUGGAGGAAUGGCGUCCAGCGAGCAAAAGAAGAGCAUUGAGGUGUCCUUGUCCCGCGAGGCAUCGAACAUGGUGCCCACCCCCCUCUGCCAGAAGUCUACCAAGAAAUCUUCCAUCGUGUGUGGCGAUCAAGUCACCGUCCAGACCUACGUCUCACCGGCCGUCUCGGCCUUUUUCACCGAUUUUCUCGGAGUGCCCUGUACCCUUGCACGAUUCCCUCCGCAGUCCUAUGCUCCUCGGUAUGCGCAGUCCUGGAGGGAACACAUCACCACCACCGACACCCCCUACAGCAAUCAAGCCAUGCCAGGGGCAUUCCCCCAAGACCCGUUAUUUCCAUCCGCUACACGUGUGGAAAAAAGGAAUCCACUCCUCCUGGCCAACGAAAGCCCGAUCCUACUCAUCUCGCGAUCGUCCGUGAACCGACUCAACGAGACCAUCAAAGCAACCACUACCACUACCACCACCACUACCGAACACAAUUCCAGCCGCCUGGGGAAGACCGUCGCCGCAGACGUCUUUCGUGGCAACAUCGUCGUGGCCGAAAGCCUGUCUCACGCAGGGGAUACCGAGCAGCCAUACAUUGAAGAUCUGUGGUCAGGGGUCCGGCUCGGGGCGCACGGGCUGCAUCUGGACAUCCUGGGUUCCUGCCAGCGGUGCCAGAUGGUCUGCGUCGACCAAUUUUCCGGCGUGCGGCGAGACGAGCCCUUCUCGACGCUGGCCAAGACGCGAAAAUCAGACGGCAAGGUCCUCUUCGGGCGUCAUGCGGCACUUUCUUCCUGGGAGUUUCACCACGACGACGACAAUGAGACUGGGAGUAAUCUUAUUGUCGAUUCAAGGACCGUCAUGGUCGGAGAUAUAGUGGUUCCGUCCUAUCUAAACGAUGAAUGA